AGAGAGAGAGAGAGAGAGAGAGAGGCUCUACUAAAAUUUCAAAAGGAGAAGAGAAGACAGCGCAUCCACAUAAGGAAGGUAGAGAGAGAAGGAGGGGAACAGUAACAAAUCGCUUCUAUCAUCCGAGACACGGUGCUGGUGUGACCGACGUAGCUAGCAGCAUCACCUCGCCUCCUGCGGACCAUCAUCCGCGGCUCCGUCUCGCAGCUGCCCCGGGAGAAGACUAUCCGAAUCUCAGCAAGGCCCAGGUUGAACACCUCUGCUUGCUGUGAGAUAAGGUGAACAGGUUUUGAUCCUGAUCUGUUGUUAUACAGCUGGAUCCAGAUGAUGGAGCACUUGCUGUGUCUGCUGGUCCUCAGCUCAGUAGCCCUGCAGGAGGCUGUCGGGGGAGACGUGUGUGUAUCGGGUCAUGACAGUGGGCCAUUGUUUGAAGAACAGCCAAGCAGUUUAAUCUACCCAGAGGGCCUGAGUGAAGGCAAAGUGACCCUAAGCUGUCAGGCCAGGGCCAGUCCAACCGCAUCCUACAGAUGGCUUGUGAAUGGCACAGAGGUCCCGCUGGGUUUGGACCUGCGCUACACACUGGUGGCCGGCAACCUUGUGAUCAGCAGCCCUGAGCCUGCUCGAGACACAGGCUCCUAUCAGUGUCUGGCCAUCAACCGCUGUGGCACGAUCAUCAGCCGAGCAGCUAACCUCAAAUUUGGCUACCUCCAUGACUUCCCUCCAGACAGCAGGAGUCCUCAGACAGCAUAUGAAGGCGUAGGAACUUUCCUGGCCUGCCAGCCCCCUAUACAUUACCCAGCUCUGUCCUAUCGCUGGUUGAUCAACGAGUUUCCCAACUUCAUCAAGAAGGACGACAGCCGCUGGUUUGUGUCGCAGGUGACAGGUAACUUGUACGUGGCUAGAGCAGAGCCAAAUGACACGGGGAACUACUUCUGCUUCACCACCAUUAACAUGGACAUCAGCACCAAAAGCACCUUCAGCAAGGCCAACGCACUCACUGUGAUGCCCGACGCCAAUCCCAGGAAGUCAGCACCGAGCAUCAAAGUGCGCUUCCCUACAGAGACCUACGGCCUAGCAGGACACAGCGCUCAGUUAGAGUGCUUCGCCUAUGGAAAUCCAGUCCCAAAACUGCGAUGGAGGAAGGUGGACGGUUUGAUGCCGUCCAAGGCGAGCGCCAGUGCUGAGGGCCCCACCCUCAUCCUGCCAGAACUCUCCUUCGAUGACGAGGGUGUUUACGAAUGUGAAGCCUACAACUCAGAGGGAAGUGACACAUACCAGGGACGCAUCAAUGUGCAAGCUCAGCCGGAGUGGUUACAGGUGAUGAGCGACUCGGAGGUGGAGAUCAGUUCCGAGCUUGUCUGGAGUUGUGUUGCUGCUGGUAAACCCCGACCCUCCGUACGCUGGCUACGCAACGGACAGCCACUCAACACACAGGAGCGGGUAGAGGUGAACGGGGCUCGUCUUAAGAUCAGUAACCUGGCCCUGGAGGAUUCUGGGAUGUACCAGUGUGUGGCUGAGAACAAACAUGGCACCAUCUACUCCACUGCUGAGCUCAGAGUCCAGGUUCAGGCCCCAGACUUCCGGUUGAAUCCAGUAAGGAGACUGAUCCCAGCAGCCAGAGGGGGGCAGGUGAAGAUGGAGUGUCGCCCUCGAGCUGCCCCCAAGCCUAGCCUGUUCUGGAGCCGUGGGACAGAGCUGCUCACCAACAGCAGCAGAGUAACAGUAACUCCAGACGGCGUCUUAUGGAUCAACAACAUCAGCAGGGCAGAUGAAGGGAAAUACACCUGCUUUGCUGAAAACUAUCUGGGCAAAGCCAAUAGCACCGGACACCUGUCUGUCAGAGAUGCCACCAAAAUCACGCUGGCUCCUUCCAACGCUGACAUCAACCAGGGGGAGAAUGUGACGCUGCAGUGUCACGCCUCCCACGACCCCACCAUGGACCUGACUUUCACCUGGGCCCUCAACAGGGUCCUGCUGGACCUGGAGGCCUCGGCCGGGCCGUACCACCGGGUGGAGGGGAAGGAAAACAUUGGUGACCUGCUGAUUGUGAAUGCUCAGCUGAGUCAAGCAGGGAUGUACAUGUGCACAGCUCAGACUGUGGUGGACAGUGCUUCGGCUUCAGCCAAACUAGUGGUUCGAGGCCCCCCAGGACCUCCUGGAGGAUUACUGGUGAAGAACGUGGCUGAGGCAUCGGUGGAGCUCAGGUGGAGUCGUGGCUACGAUAACCACAGCCCCAUCGGCAAAUAUGUCAUCAUGGGCCGGUCCUCGCUCUCAGCAGGGUGGAAGAAGAUGAUGACAGAGCCGGUGAACAUCGAGGGGAAUGCAGAGUCAGCUCGUGUGAUGGGACUGAUGCCCUGGAUGGAUUAUGAAUUCCAGGUCAUCGCCAGCAACAUCCUGGGAAGCGGCGAGGCCAGCCUGCCCUCACACACCGUCCGCACACAGCAAGCAGCUCCCACAGUGGCCCCCAGUGGUCUUGGAGGUGGAGGAGGAGACCGCAAUGAACUCAUUGUUACCUGGACGCCCAUGGCCAGAGAGUACCAGAACGGUGAUGGCUUUGGCUACACUCUGGCAUUCAAGAAGAAAGACACGCCAUCUUGGACUGUGGUGCGUAUUCCUCACGUGGAGUCAUCCCGAUAUGUUUACUACAAUGACAGCCUGCUGCCAUACAGUCCCUUUGAGGUGAAGAUCAAGGCUUACAACCGCAGAGGAGAAGGUCCAUUCAGCCAGAUCGCUGUGGUCUACUCUGCAGAGGAAGAGCCAACAGUGGGGCCGUCAACCAUCAAUGCUACGGCGCUGAGCGCCUUUGAGAUCCAGGUUUCAUGGGAGCCAGUCCAGCAGCUCAGCGGCAUCCUCAGAGGAUACGAGAUCCGGUACUGGCGGCAGCAUGAACGGGAAGCGGCAGCAGACCGAGUGCGAACAGCAGGACUGGAAACCACAGCCAGAGUGUCUGGACUCAGACCCAGCACUCGAUAUCACGUUGCCGUUCUGGCGUACAACAGCGCCGGGACGGGGCCGCCCUCACCACGCACCACCGUCACCACCAGGAAACCACCUCCUAAUCGUCGUCCGGGCAACGUGUCAUGGAGAACUGAUGGCUCAUGGGUAACAGUGAGGUGGGAUGCUGUGAAGGCCAUGCACAAUGAGUCAGCUGUACUGGGCUACAAAGUUCUGUACAAACACGAGGGCCAGACAGCACUGAAGGUUCUGGACCACACCAAGACGUCCAUGAGCCUACCGCUGCCAAAAGACAACGGUUACAUUGUGUUGGAGAUUCGGUCGUGGGGAGAGGGCGGGGACGGGCCAGCACACGAGAUUAUUGUGUCCCGGGACUCCGGAACGGGUAUGAUGGUGCAGAAUGAGGCCUCCUCCACACUGUCCACUCCCCCUUUCCACCUCCUCACUGGCUUGGUUCUACUAACUCUUGUGUCGUUGUCGGGCCUGUGAUCUCAGCCAUCUGUGGACCUUUUGAUUUGAACGGCUUGAAACUAAAGCUGUCCUGUGUACCUUUUGAUUUGAACGGCUUGAAACUAAAGCUGUCCUGUGUCUCAGCCUGUGUUUUGGGUCGGGUGGGUUCCAGUGUUCUGGGAAGGUUGUAGCACCGCAGGGAUUGGACGGGUGUUAGGGAAAGGUGGGGGUUCAUUUUUUUUUUUUUAAUAAUUAAAAAAACAAAGAGGGUCUUUAAAAAAAAAAAAAAAAAAAAAAGUCUGGAUGUGUUGAAGGUGGUUGUGUAUUUGUGUACUGGUGUCAGUCAAACCAUGCCUUAUGGGGACCAUCACAUCUGCGGCUGACGCAUCACAGACAGGUGUAAAUUAUUCAUAGAAACAAUGAUGUGUAUAACUGGUGUACAUACAGUACAGUCUUACAUGUGAUCGGUGUCUGCCUGUUCACUCUGAGAGCAACUUGUCUGAUAAGUCUCUGUAUUCUGACCGUUGUGAAGCAUUGUGAAGGUCUGCAUUGAAAAUAUUUAGAACAUAUCGUCAUGCAUUUUUUACUGUUUGGUAUGUACUGUCGUUGUAUUGUCACUGUUUCCAACAUCCUGAAAAAAUGGUAAAUUUCAUAAUGCAGCUUAUCAGUCUUGGAGAAGCCCUUCGACACUGACAAUUGUCCUAGAGAACCAUAAUAUGUCUUGGAACGGUUUUGAAAUGAAAAUUGGAUGGCUACAUGAACUUACUGUAGCCACAAAGUAGUGUGUACAAAUCCCCAUAUUAAAUCAGGCGGUCUUGUUGCUCACAGUGUGAACACAGAAUAAGAGUCAUUGAAGCACUGAAGAACCUUUUCGUGUUGAUUUCAAGCUCCUGCUAAUGUCUGUUUGCUUGUUUGUGUUUUUGUCUCAGCUGUAAUUAUAGCAAGCUAUUGAAUUAUGUCAGCGGUCCAAAUGAAUGUUUACAUUUUCUAUUUUUUAUGUCUCAUGUUGGGGGAAGUAAAAUUGGAUAGAUGAAGGGAUUAUUUCAUUCUUUGUUUACAUUUGUUGUGCCUGCAUUGUUAUAUUUCCGUAAAUAACAACAAAAAUGCUUUUGUCCAGUGUCUAUUGGGUUUAUUACAGCUACUUUUAGGCUGGUAGGUUGAUAUGAAUUGCCCGUGGCUGCAAGAGAUUAAAGAGUUGGUCACCAAAGGUAUCAGAGUACAGAUAACAGUGUCAUAUAUCCUUCUUAUUGUAAUCCUGUCAGCAUCUAUCAACUCUGAUGAAACCUGUCUGGGUCACUGCAGUUUACAGGACGGAUGUGAUCUCCUCUUAUCAGGUCUGGGACAGGUCCGUUCAACAUGUCAAAGAUGGACAUCAAGUGCUUACGAUUUCUGUCUUUUAUUUUUACCUUUAUUUUUUGGUUGAUUUGCUCUGAACUAUUUGCUGUCAACAGUUUAAUACUCAAAAGGUUGACUGAUGCUUUUGGUAUCAACAGGUGGUUUUCUGAUCAGCAGGGAUGUGUUUUUCAUACACUCGUGCAAAAAACAUAAGACUAAAUAAAUGUUUUAAAAAUGCCAAAAUCAUUGCGCGAACCAGCUUGCAAGUUUAAUUGGAAGGUUUUCUGUCACCCAGUAACUCUGGGUAGGAGAUCCAAAGAAACUCACAAGCUUCAAUAUUUUAAUGGUCUGGACAACCAAAACCUUUUUGUGUUACUUCCGUAUUACAUUUUAUAUUUUGUAAGUGGUUGAAUGAUACACUUCUUGAUUGAUGUGCUUUAUUUUGUCAGGUAAAUGUAACUUGCUUCAGAGUUCUUUCUCUUCUCAUGUCAUUUACUUUAUGUUAUUUGGAAGGAAAUAUUUUCUAUGAACACUGGAAAGCAAAAUAUCACAAAUGU